UCCCAAGAUGGCGGACGACACGGACAACUGGUCUACAGGUACAAAUUCGUCAACUGUGGACGUUUCCUCUGUUAAGAAACAUCACAAACAAGACAAGUUAAGUUAUAAUAGACCAAAGUAUCGAGAAGCCCGCUGGGAGAGAUCAGUUAAGGUUUACACCAUAAAUUUGGAAUCCAAGUAUGUUCUGGUUCAAGGCAUUCCUGCAGUGGGUGCGACAAAAGAAUUACUGGAGUUGUUUGCACUCUAUGGCGCAAUUGAAGAGUAUCGCAUCUUGGAUGAGUAUCCAACAGAGCCUUUCACAGAGGUUUACUGGAUCAAGUUUCAGAAAAUCAAUUCAGCAAGAAUUGCAAAGAAGAAGUUGGAUAACAGGUCAUUCUUUGGAGGUAUUUUGCAUGUCUGUUAUGCGCCAGAAUUUGAAACAGUUGAUGAUACAAGAGAAAAGCUCCAGGAAAGGAGAAAAGUUAUUGCAAAGAAGACAAGAGAGCUGUUUGGUGCACAAGUAAAAACAUCCAGUCCUAAAGCUACCUCUAUAGGGGAGUCUUCAUUGAAGAGCACCCUGCAAGAGGAAAGCAAGAGAAAUCUGGAGUCAUCUUCUGAUAUCCAUGGACAACAAUCGGCAGUUCACCAAACAGACCAUUGCAGAGUAACGCCAUCAGGCACUUUACAUGAAGUGUGCUCCACUCCUUACACAAUUCCGUCAGGUUCUUCUGUUGACUACCCGAUCCUUCCACCACCACCACAGCAUCUUCAUCCAUACCAAUACCCUCCACCUCCACCCCCACCCCCUUGGGAAUUUCCCCGGGUGCCAUCAGCACAUGCUACACUUCCAGUUUACUUGCAAAAUUUACCCCCUCCCCCUCCUCCCCCACCACCUCCACCUCCACCUCCCCCUCCUGAGUCACCUGUAUGUGAUACAAAGACAAGCAAAGGACCAGGACAGGAGAAGCCAUUUACUGUUUACAUGUCGCAGGUCAUGAUAGGACCACAACCUGAAGAGGGAACUUCGUCAAACAGGCUUUCCUUGACUGGUGACAAUUCUCUUGAUAAGACUGCAUUUUCGAUCAGAAAACGACUGCACCAGUUGUCAAGGACACAUCAGAAUACACAGGAAAUCUCACCUUCCCCUGCACAAAAUAUGCAGCAAACUCUAAAUAUAGUUCAGAAGCCCGGUGAAUCAUCAACUUCCACUGUAUCCAAAAAGAAGAGAAAACGAAUUUGAAAUGUCCUGCCUGAGAAAAAAACAAGAAUUCAAUACAUUUUUUACUUAUUUAUGAAGUCAAAUGAAAGCAAGCAGUGUGGGUUAAAUGUUACUGUAGGAAGACAAGAGAACAUGGCAAUUGCAGUGCAAUACACUGUAGAGGAGGAACUUGCAAGGCUACAACAAUGGUUCCCUCUUUCUUGAGAAAACCUUGCUGUGUUAUGUAUUCUAAACUACUUCGAGACCGAAGUUACGCGAAAGCAAAGACAGAACCUGAAUGAUGUUCCUCUGAACACUUACCUGCCAACAUUGCCUGGUAAAGGACUCCUUUAGAUGUGGGCCAUUCUUCACAGUUAUGCAAACACAUUGCAGGGUUGUUCGUUUUCUUUUUCUUUUCUUAAUCUUAUAGUAACAUAAUUUAUUCAAAUAAAAUUGCUUUUUAAAAAUACCGGUUGCAUUACUUUUGUUUCAACACGAUAAUCAUCCUUUGCUAUAUUCCAGUUAUGUAACGCUUUGGAGUGGUAAACCUUGAAAUAUCCACUGAGUCUCUUGUAAGGAUAAUCGUUCUUUAGUGGAUGAUGUUCAGCUGUAUGUCUUGCAAGGUGAAGAUCGAAGAAAUCGAAACCAUUCAACUGAUAAUUCCGUGAAUUAAGGGAGGCAACUCAAAUUAAAAAUUCCCUGUAAAAAAGGUUUGCAAAUUUGGUGCAAUUACAUUAGACCAAAAAUUCGGAACUUUUCGACUUGCUUACAUGCACAAGUUAAGCUGCGAAAGCCGAGCUCAGAACGAAAAAAGAAGCGCCGAAGGAACAGGGACUGACUGCAACCAGAAAAACUUUGAUUAAGUCUACGGAACUCUCGAAACGGGGACAAAUGGUACUGUCACUAUUGGAAAAGGGACUAGACUGGUGAGAAUUUUUUUACCAAAAUUUGCGUAUUUUCGUGGUUGCUUGGCAUUCAACCAAUACUUCUGGACCUUUCGAAAUGAGGACAAAUCAUAAGGAAAUUUCCCGGGGAAAAUUCCGAAAGUUUCCGAAAUGCGAACCAUUUAAGCAAGUUCGGAAAUUCUGGCAGAAAAAUGAAAUGGAACAUAAACUCCUAGUAGGCUAUUUUUCGACAAUUUGGGAACUUUCUAUUUGGCCAAAAAUUCUGGGUUAAAUUUCCAGGAAUGAGAACCACCUCGUGGGGCAUACUCAUUUCGGGAGCUCAACAAUACGCGGAUUUCCAGGAUAUUUUCGCGGGAAGGCUUUGCACUAUUUACCCGUUUCGAAUUUUUGGUCGAAAGGAAAGCAACACUCACUAACUUAUCCUCUUUUCUAGAAAAACCUAAAAAAUGAUGGGUGCAUCAGCCCCUGUUGUUUCUUUCGCCGCUGCAAUGUCCGGAAAUUCAAGCCAAAAUUUGGGACAGGGCGGACAAGUCAAGUCAAUUCUACAUCACAAGUUCAUUCACUUCACUUGAUGCAUCUUUUAUUUUACCUAAAAAAUACUCUUAAUAUAUCAAAACAUUUCGUCAUUAGGAAGGUGAUUGCUUCGUUACAUUGCUCUACAUCAAUUUUAACUAACUAUUAAGAAACUAUUUCAAUGCUAGGUUUGGCGCUACAAACCAAUCCUUUACAAGCCCAACGUUGUCUUAGCCAACAGAAACUAUUACUUGUAAUUAAACAGUUCAAGUCAAAUCUAAGUUACAUUACACAUCAAGUCUUUUGAUUAGUUCUUACUAUGUUUCAUUUAAGGACAGACGUUAAGAUGACGUCAUUAACAUUUGUGUUUGUUUCUUUAUUACAUAAAACAGAUAGAUUCCAUGUUGGCAUGAGUCUGUUCAGUGAUAGAUCACCAAGACAUCAAAAUGUGGUAAGAACAUCAGUGACACACUAACCAAACGGCUCGUGUGCCACUUUUUUGUUCAUACCAUAUUUUGACGUCAUCUGUGAUCAGUUACUGAACAGACGCACAGCAUUAGAUCGACCAACACGUUCUGUACGUCUAAAGCAAACGGAUGGAACGUGUUGGUCGAUCUAAAUUCGAGUUAAGCUCGACGUUUGACCCAACGGUCGACCUUCACCCGUUUGAAUCGACACAAAUUGCAAUUUAGUUCGUCUCUUCGUUCAAUGAUUGACCUAGUAGCUUCGCCUAACGCUGACGUCUCUGGGAAAUAAUUAGUCGGGCGUUAAGAAAGAAUGAAUAUGAUCGAGCCGAGUGCCUAAGAUAGCUGGCAACAGUUUCUUCAUCCCUUUUACUUUGAUGAAUGAAUACUACCACUUUUUGUGUGGCUUAUUGGCCCCACUAAGUCAGCAUCCGUCAGCUGGCUAACUGGAGACAGAAAAUCUGCCAAGUGAGAGCUCAGGACCACCUUAAAUUUUUGAAGACUUACGGUGCCUCUUUUAGGAAAACAGGGGGUGCCAAGCUCGUUUUCGAGCUAUAAGAUAAAAUUGCUCUGUUGCUUUGGCAACCAAUGAUGUCACGAGGUUGACCAAAACUUGUUUACCAAUGAGUGAGUGUUUGUCUGAAACCAAAAUUGUAGCAUCACUUGAUAAAAAGUGGUAGUAUUGAUCCAUCAAAGUAUAACUGCUGGAAAGUGCUGGAAACUGUUCCCAGUCACCUUCAAGAGAGGAAGUCAUAAUAGCAACAAACAAAACAAAACAAAAAAAA